GCGGGAGUGACUAGAAAGGCCCGGGGCCUCCGAGGAACAGAGGCAAGGGUGCCAAGACACCAGAUCCGUCCCACCCCUCCAGUUCUUCCCAGACCCCAAGAAGUCAGAGGAGGCAUUUCAGGGUGAGUUCUGGAAGCUGGCCAUCUCACCCCAGCUCCAGGCACCCACCAGUCUCCUGCUCCAUCUGCAGCUCCAUGUCCCAGGCAUCUACCACACCGGAGAGCGGGGCAGUACUCUCAGGACCCCGGGGUCUCCGACAUGGCAGCCCAGCUGACAGGAAGGAGAAGGCUGCAGCUAUGCCAGACUCUCCGGCUGAAGUGAAGACGCAGCCCCGGUCCACACCCCCCAGCAUGCCACCCCCACCUCCCACCGCAUCCCAGGGAGCCACACGACCACCCUCCUUCACACCUCACACACAUGGCGAGGAUGGACCUGCGACGUCUCUGCCCCACGGCCGUUUCCACGGCUGCUUAAAGUGGUCCAUGGUCUGUCUCUUGAUGAACGGCAGCAGCCACUCACCUACGGCCAUCCACGGUGCCCCAUCUACACCCAAUGGCUUCAGCAACGGCCCAGCCACCUCAUCUACCGCCUCGCUGUCCACACAGCACCUGCCCCCGGCAUGUGGGGCACGGCAGCUCAGCAAGCUCAAGCGCUUCCUCACUACCCUGCAGCAGUUUGGCAGUGACAUCUCGCCUGAGAUUGGGGAGCGUGUGCGCACGCUGGUGCUGGGGCUGGUGAACUCAACCCUGACGAUCGAAGAAUUUCAUUCCAAGCUCCAAGAAGCCACCAACUUCCCACUGCGGCCAUUUGUCAUCCCCUUUCUGAAGGCUAAUCUUCCACUGCUGCAACGAGAGCUCCUGCACUGUGCCCGCCUAGCCAAGCAGACACCUGCCCAGUACCUGGCCCAGCAUGAACAACUGCUUCUGGAUGCCAGUGCCACCUCCCCUGUCGACUCUUCUGAGCUCCUGCUGGAAGUCAAUGAGAACGGCAAGAGGAGAACACCUGACAGGACCAAAGAGAAUGGGUCAGACCGGGACCCUCUGCACCCCGACCACCUCAGUAAGCGGUCCUGCACCCUGAGCCCUGCCCAGCGCUGCAGUCCCAGCAAUGGGUUACCCCACCCUACACCACCCCCACCCCCACACUAUCGCCUUGAGGACAUGGCCAUGGCCCACCACUUCCGGGACUCCUACCGACAUCCUGAUCCCCGAGAGCUGCGGGAGCGCCAUCGGCCCCUUGCCAUGCCUGGGUCUCGACAAGAAGAAGUGAUUGACCAUAGGCUCACAGAACGUGAGUGGGCAGAAGAGUGGAAACACCUCAACAGUCUCCUGAACUGCAUUAUGGAUAUGGUGGAGAAGACACGACGAUCCCUCACUGUGCUGCGCCGGUGCCAGGAGGCUGACCGUGAAGAACUCAACCAUUGGAUCCGGUGCUACAGUGACUCCGAGGAAGGGAAGAAGGGCCCCAGUCCCUCCUCAGCCCGGCCCCUCAACAGCUGCAGUGGCCCUGAGGGGUCUCAGCUAGAUGUGCACCGGGAUUUCAUGCCCAGGACCCUCUCUGCCUAUAUGCCUGAGGAGAUCUGGAGGAAGGCUGAAGAAGCCGUGAAUGAGGUGAAGCGCCAGGCGAUGUCAGAACUACAGAAAGCUGUGUCUGAUGCAGAGCGCAAAGCCCAUGAACUCAUCACCACAGAGCGUGCCAAGAUGGAACGAGCCCUGGCUGAGGCCAAGCGACAGGCCUCAGAGGAUGCCCUGACUGUCAUCAACCAACAAGAGGACUCCAGUGAGAGCUGCUGGAACUGUGGGCGCAAGGCCAGUGAGACUUGUAGUGGCUGUAACGCAGCACGCUACUGUGGGUCCUUUUGUCAGCACAAGGACUGGGAGAAGCACCAUCAUGUAUGCGGCCAGAGUCUGCAGGGCCCCGCAGCUGCAGUGGCUGACCCUCUGCCUGGACAGCCUGAUGCUACUGCCAGUCCCAGUGAAGCCGGCUCGGCAGGGCCCUCCCGCCCCUGCUCUCCGGGCCCACCAGGCCCACUGGACGCUGCUGUGCCCCGCUGACCUCCAGAUCCAACGCCCAGCCCAUGGACGCCAUGCCCUGCCAAUCUCCUGGCCCCACCUUGGCCCACUAGAUGCCUGGAGCUGGCCAGGUGGAGUCACUGCUGCUACUGCUUCUCUCCAAAAGAAAACACAGAUCCAACGAAACUGCAUUCAUGCAGCCUCAGCUACCUGACAAGGUCUUGCCAGGACCUCCUACAGCCUCUCUUCACAAGCAUCCUCAGAUAUCACUGCGGAGCUGCAGACAGUGGCUCUGACAGAGUACGGCCAGCUCUGCCACUGUCUGUCCCCUCUGUGUCUGUCUCUGUUACUGUCUAUCUUUCAUGUCUGCCUCUGUGUUUCUUGAUGUCUUGGUCUCCUUCUGUUUCCAAGCCCUGACUCUCCCUAUGUCUCUGAUCCUCUGUCUUUGUCUCUGAAGACCACAUGCUUUCUCUGUAAUCAGAGAAACCUAAUUGGUGGCUUUUAUUUUCAGUGAAGAACUUUUGGAGAUUUUGUUUUGUUUUGUUGGCAAACAAGCUACUUAGAAAUGGACAAAGAACUGUGGGGUUCUCCCCAUUCCUUAUUAGAAAGGGAAGAAACUGUGAUUUUUCUAUCCAGAACUGCUGCCUCACCCAGCCAACCCCAGAGGGAUCGGCACAUGCAGCAGAGAUGGUGAGAACAAUUUCAAUUUCCAACUCAAGAAGCAUUUUUUUGUUUCAGGUUUUAUUUCUUUUUUUAAUGACAAAGUCUUUGGCUUUAAGUAAAAAAAAAAUCCAAAAAGUUUUUUUUAAGCAAAGGAAACAUACCUGUAAACUACCUUGCCAGCUAGCCAGCCAAGGAUGCCAGACACACCUCGCUCCAAAGGAAAUCCAAAAAGCAAACUCAAGAAAUCAAAAUCCAAAAUUUAUUUUUAUCACUGCCAAAGUAUUUUUUCAUGGUGUUUCCAUUCCUGGGUUUGUUUAGAUGUUGGUCUUUUAUUUUGGCUUUGAUUUUGUCAGGGGGUGUUGGGUCACUGGGAUUUGGUGGGCUGGGUCAAGAAGAAACCUUUUGUUCCUUUUUGACUAGUGGGCAGCAUCCUUGCUGGGCAAAGGGGUCAGCAGCAAGACAUGACCCUCAGCACCAUAUCCAGAAGCCCCAGUCAGCAUGAGCCCGAGUGUUGUGUGCCCUAGGGCCAUGUCUGUGUGUCCCUGUAUGCAAGGAAGGCACCUCCACCUGUCCUCACACCUUCUGCGACUUCUCAUAAUUCAUUUUCCACCUGUGAAAAAAAGUGCUAAAGUGUUCUUCCCAGAGAGAGCACAAUUCCUAAAUGAAACUGUGACAAUCUUUUGGGUUGAUUCUUGACUGCUUUUGAAAGCAUAAGGAGACAGCGAAUCACGCUUUCUUGGUUUUCCCUCCUCUACCUCUCUGCUCUCCCAGUCCCAUCCGCCCUCACUGCAGCCCUCUCUCCCCACCCCAGUGUCUUGCUGUGGCUACCGUCAUUUCUUUCAAACUUUUACAGAAAAAAAAGGAAAAAAAAACACAAAAGCCAGCAGCCACCACCUCCCCUGGAAGACUCAAGCCCAGCUGUACAUAUCCCUGUGUUGCAACCCCAGUGUUCGUCUCCAGCCGUGGGAGUGAUGGUGAUGCUUGUCCACCGGCACUCCAGUCCUUGCCCACCCUGCCCUUCACCCGCUCAGCUCCCUCAAGGAUUCAAGGAGGAAAUGAAGGAAGGAGGCUCAUGCCUGUACCAAACAGAAAGACAGCAGACACAGUCCGGGUCUGCACCUGUGUGUGGCUGCAGCAAGCUACAGGCCUAGCGUGCAAUAUGGGGGAGUUACUCCUGAACCCUGGGCCCAAGGGGGCCCUGCCCAGAGCAAGGUGUGCAGCGUGUGUUAAUGUGAAUGUAAAUAGUCUCCACAGAGGUCCCAACCACAGCGUCAGUACUGAGGAGAUGUUUGCCAAAUAAAAAGAAAUUAAGACAAACCACAGAAGUAUGUGAAAUUUAGGAAACACUUUGAAAGGAAUCUGAGCUGUGGUCCUGUGGGCUUGUUUGGUGGCUGGUAUUUCUUCACAACUGUAAAAUUCAUUCUUUAUGAGAACAUUAUAUGGAAGGAUCCUGUUAGGCACCAUCAACCUGGUGCUACCCUGAAUGGAGCCUGACAGCAACCCUCGCUCUGAAGGCCAAGGUAGAUCUCAUCCUCUGGAAGUUUCCUGAGGCACAGCCCUCCAAGUCCACAGAGAUGUAUUUUUGUGGGUUUCAGAGAAGCCAGGACACAUGGCGACCUCCUGCCCUUCCUUCUAGUGGACCAGUUGCCCUGAGCGUCUGCCUGUGAACACGGAGUCUGUGUGCUGGUAGAGACCUACCUCCUGUCCUGUCACAGGAAGCAUCACUGGAUUCCAUUCCCAGAUGCACCUCAUGCAAUGCUUCUUGUCUCUGUUACAGCAUGCAGCAUCCUUGGUCCUUCCAGGAGGGCCAGCCAGUGACCCUUCAUAGGAAAAGCUCUGGGUGGCAGUAGGUGGUGAGCACCAUGUGUGUGGGGAAAUAAAGCUAGGUCCUCAGGCUGUGCUUAAGAGCUGUAUAGUCUCUAGAGGUCUGGGCCAGGAGUCCUGAGGUGGCUUCCCUGAUGACCCUGCUGUCAGGACUUGAGAGGGCCUGCACAUAUGUGGUGCAGCCAUUCUGAGGUAGGUCACAGAGGGUCCCUUACCUGAAGGCCCACCAGUUUACUUUAGCUUCUUGUACCUCCUUCCCUACCCACACCACCCUUAUCUCCCUUUUAGGGACAAGAAGGCCCACCAGGGACAACAAAAUGCUGCCCAGCCAAAUUAGCCUCCAGGAACCAGGUUCCAUAUUUAGGUUCAGCAGAGCCCCCACCUACCCUACACUAUCAGAUGAGAGUUGGCCAGCAGCAGCUGUAGACACCCAGGAUGAGGGACUGGCUAGCUGAUAGGAAGAGCUCAGCAGUCAAGGGGCAACUGCAGAAUCAGGUGGCAGUAAGGUGGGGGUGGGGAGGGCUAAGUGAGGAAACUGGGACCGGAAACAGCAGGAGGGAAUCCCAGGCAUACUGCUAAGUUCUGACUGGAUGUCUGGAGGAGUCCUGAAUCAGGUGUGAAGGCCCUGGAAAAGCUGUGGGCGCUGUGAUCAGGCUUUAGCUACCAAAAGACCUCAUAGGAGAACCAAACAACCUCAAAGCUUUGGAAAGAACAGGGUUCAUGGGUGUUCUUUGUUGGGAGGUAUACCCUGGGUGGCCAUAAUCACAGCAUGCUCUUGGUUUCAGCCUACGGUCUACCUGGGGCUCUCCACAGAGCAGGGAGAGAGUCAUACUCCAUCCCCGACUCCUGCUGAGAGCCCCUCCUGCUAUCUUCUCCAAGAACAAUUGCCAGGUCCUGCCUCCUAGUAGCCACAAACAUGAACCAAACCCCUACGGGAUGUGGCUUUUGACAGAGUCUUGCUCCCCGAAACCCCAAAUCAAAAUGCAACUUUAUUUCCUGUUCUGAGGCCAAAGCUAAACCAGGAAGGCUGAGUGCGGAUGGCAGGUGGCAGACGGAACUCUCCAACCCCAAGGCCCAACCCAGAUCCUGUCUCAUGACCUUAUGACUUCUUGUCAUGUGUCCUUCGGCCUCUCCCAUCCCUCCUCUCAUCUCCUUGUCUAACCCUGCCCUAAACUCAGACUGGCCUUUCUCCAGUCUGCUGCCUAAGGGCUGCCCAGGAGGAUUCUUUCCAGCUCAGUCCUCACACCUGCACAGGAACAGAGGCCAAUGGCUCUCGCUCCACAUAUGGUCACAGGUGUAUAGGAGCAGGCUGGAGUAUACUACAGCUUAUGUCCUACUGCCUGAUGAGGUCCUACUGCCAAGGUGAGAAGUCUCAGCCCUCCUCCCCCCAAAGGAGUCAGUCAACAGGGACAUCUGUCAGAAGACCUGAGAAGGUCAUUGAUGGUGGAGAAGGACAGAAUAGGAGGCAUGGCUAUGGGCAAUGCUAUCUCAAAGCCACAGUGGACAGAGAUCAGGAUGGGUCCCAAUGUUCUCUUUUAGUUUCUCCAAAUAAAUCAUUAGGCUGACACCAAAGUAUCAUCUCUGGCAUCUGUCCAUUACUGUGCUCCUCAGCCUAACCACACUGAUAGAUUGACACUUUCCUGAGUCCAUCCUUCUGACUUAUCCAGCCCUCUUUCCAUGAACCCAUUAACUUCCCCAUUAUCUACGUUGGCCCACCUGCUCUCCAUCUAUCAUCCAUGCGUCCGCUCAUCUACCUGCCCACACCACCCAAACUGUCUUUACCUCACCAUCCCAACAUGCCAUUCUUGUGUCUGUGUUUUCCAGUCCCACACACAGCCAUCUGUAGAUCCAUCUUUCCUAUCAUCUCCCUACCCACUAUACUCAGAGUAGUAUCAGCUUCCUCAGUGUACCAAAGACACUAGGCCCUCCCCUGCCCUCCACUCUGUUUGCCCUGAGCUGGCCAGGGGUACCCUAAGAAUAUCCACCCAUGAGUCAACAGCCCUCGGUGCUCUGCCCCACCAUGGUCUGUUUUAGACAACUCCAGAAAUGAGUUCCAACCGCAGGCAUUGUGAACAGAUUGGACAAGUUCUUAUGGCAACUGUGACACAUCUGGACCUGCUCGGGAAGAGGAGCCAGCAACUGCUCAGGAGCUCUGUAAUGCUAUGCUAGGCAACCAUAUUGCCUGAAAGUAGAGGCAGUCCUUGACUCCAGGAGUCUGCCAAGAAGAGGGAUCUCUAAAGAGGAAAGCAAGCCAAUGCUGGCCUCCUCUGAGACAGUAGCACUCUUAGGACCCUGUUCCUCGGAGCACUUGGGUACCAUUCCCAUCUUGUCAGGAUCCCAAGUAGCUUAAAGUUGAACCUGUCCAGCCCAUUCCUACUGGAUCCACUGAUGGUAGGGGGAAUUUGCCAGGUGUUUGGGACCAUCCACAGGCUCCCCUGAUAACUCAUUACUCUUCCUGAAGCUCCUACCAUGUAGGGAAGUCUCUAAAAUGAGCCUGGGGAGAGACCCCUGGGUUACCAUCGUGUUGGCAAGAGGAAGAGAAGAUAGAGAAACUGGAGGUGAGCUGGGUUCAGGGGAGCUAUCUACUCCUGUAGACAGCUUACAGACAAAGCUCAGAACAGUCUGUCAACAAUGUGCACAAGUCCCCAAAUUCUAGGAUACUCUAUCUUGUUUUCUGUUCCUUUUCUUUCAAUUCAGUUGGCUCUUAGAGUAGCAACCCAGACUGGGAAACAGGAAUGCGGCAUCUGACUCAAAAGUGCAGCCUACUCACAACAUCCUCAAAGGAACAGCACCGGCUCCCACCCAGACAAGGCCCAGCAGCCCUCAGCUCACACCAUAUCUGGGGUGGGCCACGGGUUAGGCCAGAGCACAGCCACGCACAGCCUGCCCGUGAACCAUUGCUUUUCCAUUUCUUUUCCUCCUGUGGGAGUUGGGAGGAAAAUACUGGAUGUUUUCUUCAUGAAAAGCUGUGGCCCACAACCCUCCAUGUCUGGGUGCUGUGUCAUACUGCCCACUGCUAUCUUCUGCUGUUCUGUGUGUUUGCCCUGUGGGCCAUGGACACGAUCAGGUUAAUCACAUCUGUGUAAUAAAGUGAACGUUUGCUAUGAA